CAAAAACAGACACAAAGCCCGCCCUUCAAUUCUUCCCCAUACAAAAGCCCAAAUUCGAGUAACCCAAACUUUCCUAUCACCAUUUCUCCCACUUCUCCCUCGACAUUUCUCCAUCUCUCUCUGCCCGUUGUCAGCCUUCACGCCACCUCUACCAGGUAGAAAUUAAUCAUUGGUUGGAGAACCUAAGGGGAGGCAACUAUGUCGUUCAUAAAAGGAGAUUUACUUACGAGAACCAGAAAGCUGGUGAAGGGCCUGGCCAAGGCCGAGCCUGUUUGGCUCAAAGCCAUGGAAAAGGCACCGCCUGUAACGUUUCCUCGUGCAAAUGCAAUUCAGAAAAUCACUCUCCCAGAGGAUGUUUACAUAAAGAAGUUUUUCCAGAAGCAUCCAGAUUCCAAACAUGAAGAUGCCAUCAAGAUUUCUUCUUUUGAUCCUCCUCCAGCCCGUAUAUUUGGUUUGCGGGUACUUGAGUUGAAAGAGCAAGGUGUUGCUGAGGAAGAAGCAAUGGCAGUAGCUGAUAUGGAAUACCGGAUGGAGAGAAAAGAGAAGAAGAAGGCAUAUUCCCGCUUGAAGAAAAUUGCACGCCUUCAAGGGAAGAGGCCUCCUCCAAACCCAUAUCCCAGCGCUAUCAAGGAAAUACAAGCUGAGGAGAAGAAGUAUGUUCGCGACCGUUUUUACAAUCCCAAAAUUAUUCAACUUGUAAGGCAAUUGCAAGAGGACAAGGCAGCUGAAGCGCAGGAGAGAUUCAGAGCAGGAGGAGGUUCCUGGUAACUUAAAGUGCCGUAUUUUGAUAAUAAUUUUGGAGAAGAACCAUAUCAUUGGAGAAGAACCAUCUAAUUGGGACGCCAAGGUGACUGUUUUCCAACUAAAUCACGUUAUGUCAUCUGAGCAAGUUAAAACACAUGACGUCGGGUAAUGGGCUUGACAUACACCACCACCUUGGCGUCUUGGUUCGACUCUCAUGGUUAAUGGAUAGAUACGACAGAUAGAAUCCAGCUACUGAAUGUGUUUUGUAUGCGUUCCAUUAAUGUGUGAAGAUUGUGCAUCAGCAUGUCUUAUCAUUUCAUAAGCUGAUUCACCGUCAGAAGCUAGUGCUUUUUUACCAGUGAUGAUAUUAAAGUCAAAGUGUAGUUCGAUGUUGUCA